AUGCCGCUAGUUCUACAUCGUGUUCUGUCAUGGCCGGGAUCUCUCAAAAUUUUAACUUUGGUGAGUUGCGAGCCUUUACGACACUUUUUGGUUUUCGAAGAAUUCUUGUAUUUCAGUGAUUAUGAUUAGUUAGUGAGUUAGAACUUCAUACAGCCAAUUCAUGUUAACGCAGGAUACGUUUUUUCUUUUCUGGAAAGGAAUCUUCGAAAGGUCCACGUUAAUUUUUUUUUGGUCAAAAAAUUAAAUUUGUCUGAUUUGUAACUAUUUUAUAGAAUCUUGAAUUUACAGGUAAUGACGAUUUCGUUGAUGAUAACUCUGGCGAACGUUAAAAUAUCACCUCCAGGUUAUCUUUUUAUUAAUUUGUGUAGUUUUCUCGAUUUUACUAAUUAUUUAACAUCAAAUUAACCUGAUCUAGAUUUCAUAACAAAAACUCGUGAUAAGAUAGAGCCUGUGUUAAAAUAAAGGGUUCUCAGGAACGUCGUUGGUAUGGCUUGCCGUCGGACUCUCUUUUUUCUUCGAUAUCUCAUUCAUUGCGAUGCUGACGACGGAGCGCGACUCGCAGCUCUUCCCAGUUCGGGGUGUCACUUAUUUCACUGCGGUACUUUUCGUAUUGUUCGAUAUCUCAUUUGCCCCUGGAACAUUGCAGGAAACUGCUGUAUCUUUGGCACUACUCGUGUUCUACGCGAUCGCAUUUGUGCUUUGCAUCAACAGCGAGGAAAUGACUGAUGAUAAUUGGUUCAUCGCAUCGGCUGUGAGUCCGACAUCUUUUUUCAAUCAAACUGACUCAAAAGAGUGGAAGAUGUGGGUUUUCAACUUUUUGAAUGGAAAGAGAAAGCAGGUUCUUGAAAGCGUAUGGGAGGAAAUUCGUUUACUUAUGAUCAAAAAGAAACAAUAAAAAGCUUGCAAAAUUUGUCCGAAUAGAAGAAUUUAGAUUUUCGCUCUAAUCAACACUAUUCUUUUCGCCUGUAAUACUGUUUUAUUCCUGAGAAAAUGGCUAGCCGAGCAUCGCCAGACUUUGAAUGAAGGUAUUCAAGAGCUAAUCAACGCUUUCAACUCAAUUAUUUUAGCAGGUCUCGAAAAUGACAUCUUCGACCAAAAUUCCUAUGGAUCUCCCGAUGAAGCUUGA